AUGAGUGUAUUUCUUUUGCCCGAUGAGAUUAGCAAAGACAUUGAGAGGAUGAUGACCAAGUUUUGGUGGCAAUCAUCUAUGAAUGAUGGCAAAGGCAUACAUUGGAUGGCUUGGCACAAGCUUGGCAAGCAUAAAAAGGGUGGUGGAAUGGGCUUUCGGGAUCUUCGUGACUUCAACCUUGCUCUUCUUGGUAAACAAGGGUGGUGUUUGCUAACAAGGCCACACUCUUUAGCAACAAAAGUGUUCAAAGCACGUUACUUCGCUGAUGGAAACUUCCUCUCGGCUAAGCUGGGUUCGAACCCGAGUUUCGUAUGGCAAAGCAUCUUUGAAGCACAAGACUUGGUUCUUCAUGGGGUAAGAUGGUGUGUUGGUGAUGGUACUUCUAUCUCUGUGUUGGGGGAGCCUUGGCUUCCCGAUCCUACUACACCAAUGGUUGUUUCUUCACACCCAUCGCUUAUUAACACCAAGGUUGCUAACUUGAUGACAAUGGAAGGGUUGAGUUGGGAUGAGGAAAUCAUUGAAGACUUAUUUGAGGUAAGGGACCAGCGUUUGAUCAAGAGAAUUCCCUUGAAUGUCACGAGCACAACUGACCACAUUUACUGGACUAAGGAAGCUUUGGGGUAUUAUACAGUCAAGAGUGCCUAUUCACUGCUGCAAAAACAAAAAGGAAACUGGUUUGAGGAUAAUGUUGCUGGUUUUUGGAACAAGCUAUGGAGUCUACAGCUCCCACCAAAAGUCACUAACCUGGUUUAG